AUGAAGAAAUUCGUCUCGAGAAUGGUUACACACGCUCCCCGGCAAUUCGCCCCAUUGAAGCCAGGCGCUGCAGUAAACUCAACUGCACCUCGACUCAAAGGCAUUGUGUUCGAUGUUGAUGGAACGUUAUGUGAACCUCAAACGUACAUGUUCGGCGAGAUGCGUCAAGCCCUCGGCAUCACAAAGAAAGUAGACAUCCUCGACCAUGUCUACUCCCUCCCCACAAAGGAGGAACAAGAGACAGCAAUGGAGUCCAUUCGCCACAUUGAGCGUACGGCCAUGGCAUCUCAGGUGGCCCAGCCGGGGCUCGUGGAGCUCAUGUCCUACCUCGACAGCCGCGGCGUCCGCAAGGGCAUCUGCACCCGCAACUUCGACGCGCCCGUGGCACACCUUCUCGGGAAGUUCCUCGAGGGGUCACUUUUCGAGCCUAUCGUGACCCGCGACUUUCGUCCGCCUAAGCCAGAUCCCGCAGGGAUUCUGCAUAUUGCGCGAAACUGGGGUCUUGUCAAAGAAGCAAGCACCUCGACUGAUGCAAAGGAGACAACCGUCGGUGAUGGUAGUGAGUUGAUCAUGGUUGGGGACUCGAUCGAUGACAUGACAGCUGGGCGAAGAGCUGGCGCGGCGACAGUGCUCCUUGCCAACGAUGUCAAUGUACAUUUGGUCGACCACGAGCACACUGACUUGGUGAUUCGCCGAUUAGACGAGCUGAUUCCUAUCCUUGAGGAUGGUUUUAGCAGCAGGGAGCCAGUUUCAUCGACAUAA